AUGUUCGCCUCCGCAGUCCUCUCCUUCGCGUUCGCGGCAUCUGCUCUCGCCGUACCGGCGCUUCAAGCGCGCCAGAGCGGCCCCUGUGCAGGCUUCGGUGCAGGAUCAACUGUGACACCAACGUACAACUUCACCCUCACGGCGGUUCCGUCCGGUGCGGGCGCGAAUGCCACCGGUGCGCCGCUCGUGCUCGGGUGGGGCCCAGCAGGCGACAGUCCCGCGGCGAGCGAGUGGGUCUUGUCGACGGAAGCAUCGUGGGGCGAGAAUGAAUGGCCGUACAUCACGUUGCAGGAUGGCGCACUGUUGCCGCAGCCGGGAACUGAUGAGCAUGGCCUCGGCGCUUACAACUUCGGGACUGAUACUGGCGAUGAGGUUCUGUUCACCAUCAUCGGCGAGGAAGCCAGCCCAAGCACGGCGGAGAUAUUCUGCGCUGCGUUGGUAUCAGGGAGCUAUGUCGAGCUUGCUGUGAACGGUGACGCGGGCAACUUCGCCCUGUGUAACGCGACGACGACCUGGGUCUCGAACCAGGUGAACCUGGUGUACGCGCCCAAUGCGGACAACGAAGACUACACCUAUGAGACCUGCACCCCAGUGCGCGUCGAGUUAAUCCCGUACGAUGGGUGAAUGGCCCUUUGUCUACGGGAGAUUAUGAGGGACAACUAUCUUCGAUGAUGGACUGAAAUUGCGCUAUGGACUUUGUCUUGAGUUUCCCAAUUCUCAAAUUUUGGACAUAAUCACUGCUAUCGUUGGCGCCAUGUUAUGACGUUUUCCGGUCGUUGCUCGGAUCCUUGCAUCGCGCUUAGUCAAUGUUAUGUCUCGAGCUGUCAUGCUACACUUAAUAUACCUGCAUAAUCCAUACUUGCUACACU